CCGAGGCGUGCCCUCCUUCGAGGUCAAGGCCUCCGCGCCGGCUCGCUUGGAGGCUAGCUGCCUGGACUCGUACGCGACGAGCGACUUCUCCUCGAGGCGUCAGAUGGAGUCUGCCGGCUGGGUGUUCAGCUGGGACGACGACUUCGCGUUCAAGCCAGACAGGGACCGGUAUGCCGCGGGGGUGCCGGAGGAGUCCUACUGGGGUUUCGAGGAGCACGGCGCCGGUGCGCUGUCGCUGGAGCUGCGGAGCCGGGGUAUGCUGGCGCUGGACUUUGGGAACUCGCUUGACGACGACAGCAGCAAGGUCGUGGUCUCCCUCAACGGCCUGCAGCGCGGCGAGGCGGGAGGCAACACGCUGGCGAAGCUGAUGCAGAUCCCUUUCAGAGACGGCGACCUGAUAACGAUUGCACAGGCGCCCACUGGCGUGAUCGUGAUUAACAGCAUAGUGUUCAGAUGCACGG